UUGGUGUGAACGCUGGUGCUGAACAAGGGUACUAUUGUAGUGGCGAGGUCCAAGGGGGGCAUGUGAACACAUGAGAACACAACAGUCGGUGUUCUUUAUGAAGUCAGUACACUAAACACCUUGUAUCAUAUAUCAACAAACACAAGUCAGUGACGGGGUCAAAGGGUGAAAUAAUAAUAAACCUGAAGGACUUGUGAAUACAGGAACUCGCGCUGGAGAUGCUGUAACGGGCUGUAAUCCGCAUGGUAGGGGUGCUGCUACUUGAAACUUGAUCCAUGGCCAGAGGCGACAGUUAAGCACGAUGCAGACAGACGCUACCUGGUGACGUAAAACACAGAACGCAGGCGUAAAAACUAAAUAUCGAAAAUAAAAAUGACACCAGCUACCGCAACCUUACAAUUUUCAAGAAAAUCUCAAACGUUGGAGGAGCUCGACAAGGAGAGGCCGAAAUCUCUCGAAGCAGUCCGCGAGAUUCUAAGAGAGGCGACGACAGACGUGGAAACCAAGCUAAGUCUCAUUGAAGUCAGCCUCAUUGGACGCGGAGUAACGUACGCUGACUUCAUUCGACCUUACGUGGCGCCCAUCGUCUCUUUAAUGAAAUCCCUGGAAAUUUAUGAAAUUUACAACAAAAAGCAAAUCGAGGAGAUCAUCCACCAGGGCAUUGAGACAGGAGAGGCGGUGAAGGAGAGUGACCUUCCAGGCUAUCACAUGCUCAAGGAAUGCUAUCACAAAAUCAAGGAGUAUCUCCCGGGAGCCUUUACUGCCAUUUUCCUAGAGAUAGAAAAGAUUUUAGAAAACUUGGACAAAUAUUGCCGCAGUUUCAGCAAGGCGGAGGAGCGGGAAUACAUGGACACGCCGUCACAUUAUGAGAUGAAACGCCAGGAGCUCUGGAAACUUAUCCGGGUUAACCUUGAUGACGUCAAGGACAUGAUUGGCAGGUAUCAGGAAGAUGGCGUCGAUAUCAAGAUGUUUGGGAUACACGCGCGAGAUAUCGGACGCGGCUGCGAAUGCGAGCGUCUCCCCUUUCUGCUCAUGUUCCCUCAAACGUGCGUAAAUGUCAGGAACGCUUGCAAAGGAAUAAGACAAUGGUUGAAAGCAGACGAGGAAUAUCCGUCCUAUAUUAAAGAUGACAUUAUUGAUAUGGAGAAGAAAAUUGAGCACAAAACGCGCGAGGAGAGAGAGAGUCAGAUGCGAAGUAGUCAGCUGGAGUAUAAAAUGAGGCACGUGCAGCAGGAGUGCUCCGUGCUGGAAUCAGAACUGAAGAAACUGAUAGCGCGCGAAAUGGCGUUUAACCAAGACGCUCGUAAACUUGAAAGAGAGAUUAAUAAACUUGAGUUGGAAAUUGGGACGCUGGAGCAAGAGAAAGUCAUGUCAAGUAAAGGACUCAUUAAAAGUUCACAUCCACCGGAGGCGCUCUCCCGUAAAAUCCACGAUUUAAAAGAAAAGCACCAUGGGCUAGCAACAAAACAUUCCCACGUGCAAGCAAAAAUAAUGCUGGUCGAGAAAAAACGAGAAAUGCUCCGAGAGUCCAACGCCAACGCAAGCGCCUUGAGGAGCGCCUCAAGAAAAGCAAGAACGGAACACACAAACGUGGAACACGAGUUGCAUACCAUGAAUGAGAGGCUAGAGGAGUUAAAACAAAUAUACCUCUACAAGACGAGUCACGAAACACCAAAGAAGAUAUUUUAUGGUCUUCCACUAGCUCCUAAAACGACGGUCAAAACUACAGGCAAGAAAAACCACGAUCCACUAAACAGGGCGGUGAAGAUAGUCGCCCACUACAUCGAGAAAGACUGGAUGAAGCUGUACCGCAAACUUCCUUUCCACCCCGUGCGCGGCACAGAAAUGUUAGAACAGGAUCUGGACGACAUCUUCCAGAAAUCCGCGCGAAACACCGUCAAGGAGCUGUCCCAUGAGGCUUUAGCAAAAUGGCGCCGGCUCCACACGCGUGCCACGCUGGAGGAGUUGAAAGGGGCGCUGGUUGAACUCAAAAGAAAGGACGUGCUGGAGCAUUUAGAGAAAGCCCAUGGCGGCAGCGGAGGUGCAGCGUCUUCCAGGCGGAACAAGCCAACCAUAUUUAAGCCAGCGAGAGUGGCGGUGUCUCUUCCUAAGAUUAAAAUAUCUGGCGACAAGAGCAUGGUAGUGCAGAGCAUCUGAAUAAAAGACUGCAUCAUCACGUACGGCAAUUACUGGAUCUUUUCAGUGGCGGAAAUUGUGCAUUUUAUAGAUGCUGUGAUUUUUAAGUCAUAAUUUCUGAAAAUUAGAACGUUCCUGUUGAGUGGUAGCAACAAAAUUAAAAAGCAGGGCACUCAAUAGUGCUGUUUUAUGUAGUAAAAGCUCCACAGAUGCUAAACAGAAAUAUGAUUUUUGUGAAUACAAAAUUAUGUAAAGUUUGGUAAUUUUUGACAUCUGAAAAGAUCGAGUCACUACCGAAGUAUACCAGUAGCUAAAGGCAACACCAUAUAAAAUACCAUUUUUGCAUUUUUGAAAAAAGUUAAAAUAUAGCAUUAUAGCCGCGGCGCGUGCUUGUAACCGUCUCAGUAAUACUCGAUACUUAAUGUUAACAUUCAAUUCUGCUCCAUCAAUUUCCGUCCAAGUUACGGCGAGUAAAGGCAUUCAUAGAUGAGGUCUUGGAAAGCGGCAAUUGUUACAAGGAUUUCAAUUUAUUAUGAAGUUAUAUUAUAUGAAUAAAGCGCGUCAAGACGGUGUGGAGCCGCCUAGAAUUAACAAAGAAGCAAUUGCAAAUUUUUAAGGUCCCUCAAAUAUGUUUUAAAAAUAUUUUUCAUUGAGUGUUUUAAUUUAUUGUGACUUUACAUAACAGUUGCUCACCUAAUCGUUAUGUUUAGAGUGCAUUGAUUAUAAGGAUUGUUGAUUACAUUGUGAACUGCGCCUAUUUAAUACAGCCAAGAUCUUUACUAAUAACAACUAACGUGAAAUAUAAACUUUUGUACGCAAUAUAUAAAUUUACAAGACCUGAAGCGUUGUUACGAAUGUAUUUAAGUUUUAAAGUGCAAUAAACUAAU